UCUGGUAAUGAUUUUCAAACGCGAAUUUGAAAAUUUUGUUGUUGUUUUUUUGGUCUUUCUGCUUAGCAGGAAGCGCUAUUCAGUGCUUUUAUACAACUAUCACAUGUCAGGAGGCCAUGCAGAGCAGACGCAGUUAGUCAGCGGACAACUGUGUUUAGGAGCAUCAUAGCCUAUAAAGAAAAUGUGUUUCGCCAGUGGUAUGGCAACAAAAGUCACUGACUUUAAAGAUGAAACACUGCUUUUGGUUUUCACCCUUUUUCUGAUCAUCUUGAUAUCACGGAUAGGCUAUUUUAUCGUAAACCGACUAAUAAACUCAUCAAAAGGUCAACAACAAAGAAAGAAUGAAAGAAAAAUGGAUUUUUUCGAGUCGGUUUUGGACGAAUUUCAUGCACAAGGUGGUGCGAACAUGUGUUUUGGCCUAAAGUUGAGGUCGAAGUCGUCGCUGUCCUUUGACCAUGUGUACGAAGCACUAAAAUUCGUGUCCCGAAAGCAUCCAUUGUUUCGGUUUGUGAUAGCGCAAAAACGUAAUGAUGAUAAUGAGAACGUGAAAUAUAUACGUAUUGUAACGGACAAAAAUAUGGUGACUUUAAACGAGUCGUGUCUUAAGGAUUGGGUAUCUGUCUGGCAGAAAGAAGUGCAAACAAAGUUUGAUUGCGAGAGUGGUCCGUUGUGGAAAGCAACAGCUUUGAAGGAAAGGUAUGAUGCCACCCAACAAGAGUAUCACAAUACUCUUUUGUUUACGUUUUAUCAUGGGACCGUCGAUGGCAUGUCUCUUUUAACACUAGCACAGGAAUUCGUACAAUGCUUGGAGAAACUUUCGAAAGGAGUAUUAGGUCCUCAAGAUGAUCAGAAGACGGGCAUUAUGCCAGGAGUUAUGACUUUACUGGCGUCGAGGCAAUUUUCACACUAUAGGGUGUUGCAGUGGUUAUUGCCAGAGUAUUUAUUGCUUCGUUUGGUGAUGUUUGCGAUGCGUAUCAACCUUGGAUUUGCUGCCAGGAAUCCAGUUCUUUCACAACAUUCAGAAGAGAUUAACUUUGAUAAGAUUGAAACUGGCAGGAAAGAUAUGAUUAAAAUUAUCCCCCGCGAGUUAAGUCUCGUUGAUACGCAGAAAUUAAUAACAUUAUCUCGGCGGAAUUUUUGCACAGUGUAUGGAGCAAUACUAGCGUGUUGUCAUCUUGCUGUUGCGAAACUUGUUCCAAACAAACAAAAGAACAGCGUAAAGUUCCAAUGGUAUUGUCCAGUGAAUGUUAGAGAUCAAUGUGAACCGAAGGUGCAAAAAGAUGAUUUAGGAUUUUAUACGACAAUAAUGAUGGAAAAUGCCAAUGUGCCGAAUAUAAGCUUAGCAAACCUUACAGAGUUUUGGAAGUUUGCGAAAGAAUGCACCCUGGUGGUUCACGAAGGAAUCAGAAAAGGCCGACAUCUUAUGUCGCUGUAUCUUUUACCAAUUUCGGAUCUGAUUGAUCCCAACGAGUUUGUUUCGGAAUUUCUUCUCCACUCGAAGAUGAGACGGCCAGGUUUGAUGUCACCUGUGCAUUCCCUGACUAACCUAGGAAAGAUUGACUGGGCGAAGGAAAAGGACGAUACAUACGAGAUCGAGAGUGCUUUCGGUGGUUCUGGAGCGUAUGAAAAUGGGGCCACGUUUACAAAUCAUAUGGCGACGUUUAAUGGUGUAUUCACUUGGUCUACUUCGUAUGUGACCUCAAGUGUGACUGAAGAAACGGCAGAAAAAUAUGUUAAUCUUGUUUUUGAAAUCCUACUUAAUGUUCUUUCAUCAAGUGAUGAAAACUGAUCGAGACGAGAUAUAGGUCUCGAAGGGUUUAAUCAGUCUGUUAAAUAGCUUAAUAUUGUAAUAUCCAAAGGCAGGAUCUUAGCGUGGCAAAAAAACUUGGUAGAAAAAUGGUAAUUUGUGUGUAACAUUGACCGAUUGACGCAUGCAUGUAUUGGUGAAUAAAAAUCGAAUAUAUCAAAUGUAUAAA